AUGCCUCGUUCGCAUAAGGCAGUAAAGCCACCCCAGAAUGGAAAGUCGCGGAAGGUGAAGAAGACGAAGUCUCGAAACAGAGUCAAGGUGCUUGGCGAAACACCGCCACGCGCAGAAUGGACUAAAUGGGACGAACGCAAAGAAAAAUACACAGAUUACUACAAACCGCCGUCUCAAACCCUUCCUGAAGAUGCUAUCAUGAGCUUUAUGCUCUCAGAGGAGGGUACUCAAUGGUCAAGGGACCAUGGCUAUCACAACGGAUCGAACCUCCAUGGGCCCAUUGACAAGAUGGAUCUGGCUGCUCGAAUGCGUCAAUACGAAAAGCGAAUGGAAAUUCAGAGACGAGAAGAAGUCUCAGAGCUCGAACGUCUCAAAGAACGUGUCCGCAGCCCGGGCCCAGAGACAGAUCCAAAGGUCAUUGCCAAGAGAAAAGAGAACGACGAGUUUCUGAUGAGUGUUGGAAUCCUACCAAUCCACAUCUGGGAAGCGGAGAAGAAGCUCACUGUCCCGGUAAACAAAGCAGCUGUGGAACUCAAAGAAACUACCAGCAACCAAUCUUCGUCGCCAUCAACAUCACCGCCACCACCAGCGAACACGCCCAGCCCCUCACCCUCCCAGUCAUCAUCUGAAUCAUCUCGGAAACCAUUGCCCGAAUCACAAAAUACAACACCCUAUGUAUCCCCCGUUCCAUCCGCCAAGUCGCGGCCCAGAAUACCAAGAAAACCAAGAAGCUCUUCAACCAAGACGAAGAAUGAGAAGAAGCUCCGUGAUAGAAUGAACAGCGCGGAGGGCGCACCUAACCCCAGCGGAGCGUGCGAGCCCUGUCGCAGAGCCUCACGAGAUUGCCGAGUCAUGCUGUCUGACAUAGACAAGCCCCAGUGCGCAAGGGAAUUCUCUCGGUGCAACUACUGCACGGGCGGCAAACUCUCAGCCGCUGGCUGCAACAUCAAUCCAACUAGAGCUAAUGCAAGGAAAGCCCAGCUGAAGGAGUCGGACAGUAAGAGAAAGUUAGUGGACGAACAGGGAGGAAAUAUGUCAAAGAAAACAAAGUUCUCAUCGGAUGAGAACAGUUACUAA